AUGAUAAAUACUGUCUUAUAUUUAAAUAUAGUCAGUACUGCUCCUAAAGAAUUCAGAGGACCCAAUCCAAAUACUAAAAUGUCAAAAAAUAAAAAGAAAAAAAUGCGUAAGAAAGCGAAGCGUCAGCAAGAAUUGCUGGAAAUGCAAAUGCAGCAGCUUGAAGAAUUAGAAAUGGAAGAAAAUUUGAAUCAGGAUCGUGUAGUUGGUGAUGGAGAUAAUAUAGAAGGUGAACAAUUAGACAAUGACAGCAGGUGUAAUGGAAGCUCAGAUGACAAUUGUGGCCAAAACACCCACAUGACUAAAUCUACAUAUAGGCAUUCCCCUAGUGCUUCAAUUUCUCCUUCAGCUGGUUAUUGUAGUCCCACACAUUGUGAAAAUAUACCAAGGAUUGGGAGUGUUGAAAGACCUCGCCUCUCUGUGUCAGCAGAAGGGCUGUGUAAUGGUCAUGAAGAAGGACUUUGUAAUGAAGAUGAAUCUUACAUGAUGUUGAGGGGGAGGCUAGAAAGAUCAGAAAGCACAUUAACUCCUUCCUGUCACCAAAAAUCUAAAGAACCUGAAAUUAGGAGGGUUGCAUCUUGCCCAGAAAAUGAUAAACCAAUGGAUCAUAAACCCGACCCUGUUCAUGAAGUUUGUGAUAUAUCUGUGAAAAUAGCUGAUUUAGGAAAUGCCUGCUGGGUUCAUCAUCAUUUCACUGAAGACAUACAAACCCGGCAAUAUAGGUGCUUAGAAGUUCUUUUAGGUGCUGGAUAUGGUCCACCUGCUGACAUAUGGAGUACAGCUUGUAUGGCUUUUGAAUUGGCUACUGGUGAUUAUCUGUUUGAGCCUCAUUCAGGUGAAGAUUAUUCAAGGGAUGAAGAUCACUUAGCACAUAUUAUUGAACUUCUAGGCGACAUACCAAAGCAUAUUGCAUUUUCAGGAAAAUAUUCACGAGAAUUUUUCAAUAAAAAAGGUGAGCUACGACACAUAACUAAGUUGAAGCCUUGGGGACUGUAUGAUGUACUAACAGAAAAAUAUGAAUGGGAUCCUGUUGAUGCUCAGGCAUUUACAGACUUUUUAAUUCCUAUGCUAGCCUUUGAUCCGAAUGAACGUGCUAAAGCUUCUGACUGCUUAAAACAUCCUUGGUUGGCUUCAUGACUUCCAGAAAAAUUUAGCUCCUUUUACCUCUAAAUUCAAAGAACUAAUGAAAGUCAUGCAUUUCUUCUGGCAUUAAAUCAACUUAAUCAUUUGUACAUGUUAUUUGUCAUAGAUUUUUCAUUUUGAAUAAUAAUAAAAUUUAGAUCUAAACAAUUAUGAAACAGAUGUGUUUUGCAUUAUCUAUAUAGGACAGAUAAUGGUCAAUUUUAACAUUAUGAGUAAAAAUGAAGCAAUUGCUAAUCAAGUAGCUUUCAUAGUUGUUAGCUACAGGGAUCAUACAUGAUGUACGAUGGUUAACAGUUUUGAUUGAAUUUUUUAAUGUGUCUCAUUUGUGCGACAAGUUUCAUUUAUAUUUUCAUUUGUUUUUGUGCCUUCAUUUUUAUCUUCAUAAUUUAUUUAGGGAGGAAUUAUAAGUAAAGUUUUGAUUCCGGUACUGCAGCUGAAUUUGACUUAAAAUAAAAAAAGUUUUUAUAUCUUACAUUAGUGGAUUUUUUUAAUAAAUGUUUGUUAUUUAAAAUAUCUAAAUGCUAAUUAAUUGCUUCCAUAACUGAAUACUUUCGUGAGGUAUUCUGCUUAAAAGUGGUUUUUAUUUUUGCUUAAGUUGAAAUGUUCUCAUAAAAUAAUAUUGGUGGUGACAGGUUUGAAAAAAUUCUGCAAAUUAAUGUUUAGGGAGGAUAAACUUUUAUUAUUAUAUGUCAUGAAAUGCAAGUCUUAUCCUUUUAUGUCAGAAUUCUUUCGGAUAUCUAAGUGAUAUAUUUAUUUGAAAGUGUAUCAGUAGUCUGAAUCAAAGUAAUACUGAUUUUAAAACUUCAGUGUGCCUCUAAUUAUCAAGUUAAUAUGACGUAAGUUUGAAUUUUCCAAUAUGUUUAUUAUAAACUUUAUUUAAAAAAUAAAUAUUUUUUGUGAUUUCAUAAAUUUUUCAUGUCAGACUAGUUUUGACUUAUUAUGCUAGCUUAAAAGUUGUACUGUGACAUUUCAUUGAAUUCUGUGUAAAAGAAGUUUUCAAUAAAUUUUUCUGUUUUUGUAUCUUAUUUGGUUUACGUAAGUACGGUGAUGUGUAAGUAUGUAAAUGUUUUUCAGUUGAUUAUGAGAUUUUCAUCUUCCCUAUGCCUUCAAAUUGUCAAAAAUUCAGAAUCUCAUCAGUGACUGAGGUCUGUUUAUAAAAGAAUGCCAAGCAUUUUGUAUAGUAUGUAAUUGUGUUUUUGGUAUGUAAAAAAUAUAGUAUAAAAGAAAUUUCAAGCAUAAUUUAAUUUGGGUUUACUUUCAGAUUUUUACUAUCAUCUUAGUUUUGUUCAAAAUCAUAGGCUUUUUUUUAAAUUCAAAACAUUCUAACUAUAUUUUCUUAUAAAGAAAUGUAGUUAUUAGUAAGUGCAAAAGAAGAAUUCAUUAGGGAAACUUUAUCAGUAUGUUGUAUGACGACAUUUUCCCUUACAUGCUUCAUAUUGUAAUAUAUGAAUGAUAUAGUUCUAGUAUAGUUAUGUGAAAAAGAAAGUUCUGGAAGAGGUGAUAUACAGGAAUUUUUGUGUCUUCUGUAAUUAAUAUUUUAGUUAAUUGUAUGUGUUAAAUUUAAUGACUGUUGAUUCAUUUAAAACAAAAUGUUGCAACUGUUAAAAAUUGUUGCUGAAUUGAGGUUAAAAGUAUAAAUGCUAAUGCAUAUUUGUAUGCAUGUGUACUGUGUGGUAUUUUAGUCAUAGACUUCAAAGCACCAUCAUUAUUCAUUGCAAUAUCAGUUAAUAUUAUUUUGUAUGUAUAUUUAUAUGUAAAUUAAUUUUACUGCAGCAGUCCUUUAAGGUAUGCACAUUUGUUUAAAAGAAAAAUUUGUUAUCCUUUGUAGCUUAGAAAUUUCUAGUAAUAAACAGCUGUGGCUCAAAAUUA